AAGUAUAUAUAUUCGUGUUCGGGCAAAACAUCACUCCGUAAACUUAGGUUUUAUCAUGUGGGCUCAAAUUCUUCUCCUGUGCGCUUCGGCAACCGUAGGGCUUUGUGCUAUUGGGUCAUGCCCAACACCAAAAGUCCAGUCUGGAUUUGAGUUAGAGAAGCUUUCUGGAACAUGGUACUUGCUCGAGGCAUCUGCUUCCCUUGAUAGAGUUUCAAAGAAAUGCUCUAAGUUCAUCCUCGACAAGAAGACAGCUACCAAAUCUUCCUUCCUCCACAAAUACGUUACCAGUGUCACAGACAAAUGGAAGUCUGAGUAUUCUGAAUUGACUACGCCCAAGAAGGAGGAGCCCGCUAAGCUUUUGGUCAAUCCUUUGAAAGGAACCAUUAUGGCUAGAAAAUGGCCUUUGUGGGUUAUUGACACUGACUACGAGAAUCAUCUCAUCACGUAUUCUUGCCACAAGCUUAUGCUCGCUUACACUGAAGAGAUAUAUAUUCUGUCGAGAACCCCCAAAAUUGACGACAAGAAGAAGACAGAAUUGUACGAUUUGCUGAAAAAGCGAGAUCUGAACCAGAAGAACUUGGUUGAAGUUGUUCAGGACGAAAAGGACUGCAAAGAGUAAAACUGUGACUAAAGGCCCUUAAGUUUCAUUGAGACUGAAUAAAUUAUGUUCAAAUAACGCU